CAAAAACUGUAAUCCGGGUGUCCGUGGCCUACUGGUUAAGGAGUUGGACCGGUAAACGGUUGGGUGGACGGUUUGAAUCCCUACUGCUGCACAAAAAAUGUGGAUGGAGGGAGUAGUUGUGCAGCACUCGGGUGGGCCCACUGCUCCGGGUGGGCCCACUGCUCCGGGUGGGCCUGUGUGACCCAGCUCCCAGAUUGGUCAAAAGCAGAGAAAGAAUCGCCCCCAAGAAGGGACAAUAAUGGUUAACUUAACUGAAAUACAAAAAAUUGAAACUGAAAUAAUACUGCUGAGAACAAUGUAAGAUGAUAAGGCUUGUUUCUUGUUUCUAACUGGGAAAAGCUCUAGAUCAGAGCUGGAGUUCACACAGAGUCUCACAAGCCCAAAAGAGGAGAUUUGUCAGCAGUUGUUGCUUGCUCAAUAGUAUGGCAGUUUGGCUCUGCUCUUCUGAUAAUUUAUGGUUCGACAUAACAAUUGGUUUAGUGCAAGAAAACAUAUUAUAGGCCAUGAGAAACACUGCCAAACCUGUGCUUGGUGUGUGAAACUAUAAUCACUCCAGACUGCAGCUGUGUUGACUCAUAUUUCAAGUGAUGGGCCAAGGGACCUUGUUUGGAUGGACUUCCUGUAUGUGGAGCCUGAUUCUAAGAACCUUAGCAAUGUACUUCUCGUGCAAAUCAUCACGAAGAGAAAGAGAAAACUUCUGACCUCUGGACAGCAGCUGGCGGUUCUCCAGUUGAUCUCAUUCUUGAGCUACAUCUAUCACUCUUUCCGUUUGGUUGGGAUUCACUGAAUGAUGGAGCGCAUGGACCAGGAUGAGCCGGUCAAGCCCCACUGUAUUCGUGGUAAGCAUGUAGCCUUCAUCUGCCUAGCUGUCGUGGCUUCUGCCGUGGCUGUGGGUCUCGGUGUGGGUCUCAGCCGCCCCCCGUGCUCUGUAGUCGACCCCAGCGCAGAGCCUCCAGAGCCCACCGCCGGGCCUGUACCGCCACCCGUCCAAAGGGGACCAUGCACGCCCUCGAAUGACUCCACCGGGGGCUGGGGGGAUUUCCGUCUCCCUGAUUACGUGAAGCCUGUGCAUUACGACCUCCAUCUGCUGCCCGACCUGAUCACGGACGUCUACCAGGGGAGCGUGGCAAUCCAUCUGGAGGUGAGCCGGCCCACCCGCCACCUGUGGCUCCACAUCCGGGAGACAUUUGUCACAGCAGUCCCAAGGCUGCAGCUGGUGACCCAGGGAGGUCAGAAGGAAGUGGGGGUGAAGGCGUGCUUUGAAUACAAGCCCCAGGAGUAUGUGGUGGUGGAGGCCACAGAGGAGCUGCCCGCCACUGGUCCAGGGGAGAUGUACAUCCUUAGCCUGGACUUUCGUGGAUGGCUCAAUGGGUCGGUGGUUGGGUUCUACAGGGUCAUCUAUACAGAAGAUGGGAUUGUCAAAAAGAUUGCAGCGACCGAUCACGAGCCUACGGAUGCCCGCAAGUCGUUCCCUUGCUUCGAUGAACCCAACAAAAAGUCGACAUAUCAAAUCUCCAUCACACACGACCAUACUUAUAAAGCUCUCUCCAACAUGCCACAAAAGGGGACGAGAGAAGCACUGCCCAACAACAAAAUGAAAACCACAUUUGAGAAGUCGGUACCAAUGAGCACUUAUCUAGUUUGUUUUGCUGUGCACCAAUUUCACCAUGUGGAGAGAAUUUCUGCAAAAGGCGUUCCACUAAGGAUUUAUGCCCAGCCGAGCCAGAUCAGAACAGCAGAUUACGCAGCCAACACCACCAAAAUAAUCUUCGACUAUUUUGAGGAAUAUUUCAACAUGACGUACUCCAUAGGAAAACUAGAUAAGAUCGCCAUCCCUGACUUUGGGACGGGUGCCAUGGAAAACUGGGGCUUGAUCACUUACCGAGAGAACAACCUGCUGUACGACGAGGAGGAGUCUUCCUCCUACAACAAGCAGAGGGUGGCGAGCGUCAUCGCCCACGAGCUGGUCCAUCAGUGGUUUGGAAACAUCGUGACCAUGGAUUGGUGGGAUGACCUGUGGCUGAACGAGGGCUUUGCUAGUUUCUUUGAGUACAUCGGCGUAGAGAAGGCUGAACCUACCUGGGGAAUGCGCGAUAUCAUGCUCAUUAGCGACGUGCUGCCGGUCAUGGUAGACGACGCCCUAUUGUCCUCUCACCCGAUCAUUGUCGACGUAUCCACACCUGCAGAGAUCACCUCCGUGUUCGAUGGCAUAUCAUACAGCAAGGGGGCGUCUAUCCUGCGGAUGCUGGAGGACUGGAUGGGAAAAGACAACUUCAGAGAUGGCUGUCGGAAAUACUUGAAGGAUAACCAGUUUAAGAAUGCCAAGACUGAGGACUUCUGGGCAUCGCUUGCUAGUGUGAAUGGGCUGCCCGUUGCAGAGGUGAUGGACACAUGGACCAAGCAGAUGGGCUAUCCCGUUUUAGACCUUUUCAUUUCAGGCCACGUCGCCACUUUGACUCAGAAGCGCUUUCUCCUGGAUCCCAAAGCCGACCCGAGCCAGCCUCCAUCACCUCUUGGCUACAAGUGGACAUUUCCAGUUAAAGCAAAGGUUUUGAGUAGUGAUGUCAACAUAACUUCGAUGUUCAACAAAACUAGCUCAAGUCUUGUUAUUAGCAACUCUUCGUCAGGGGAACUUAUUAAAGUGAACAACAAUUACGUUGGAUUCUACAGAGUCAACCAUGACAAAGACAUGUGGAUGGAAAUAAGUCUACAAUUUCAAACCAACCACUUGUUGUUUGAUGCAGCGGAUCGUACCGGUUAUGUUGAUGAUGUUUUUGCACUGGCCAGGGCUGGCCUUGUAGAUUAUGGAACUGCUUUUAAUUUGACCAAGUACUUGGUCAGUGAGGAGGACUAUAUAGUGUGGGAUCGCCUGGCAUCCUCCAUCGCCUACGUCCGGGACAUGUUGUCAGACACAACACUGUACCCUACAUUUCAGAAAUUAUUUCGCGACCUUGUUUUUCCAAUAUCAACCCAACUUGGUUGGAAAGAUGAUGGAACACAGACACAGACAGAAAGGUUACUGCGAGAGACCGUUUUGGGCAUUGCUUGCCAGAUGGAGGAUCCUAUUGCAACAGCUCAGGCAUCAGAGUUCUUUGAUCAGUGGAUUGUUGGUAACAUCAGUCGUGUAUCGGUGAACCUGAGGCUGCUUGUCUACCGCUAUGGGAUGAGGAACUCUGGCACGGAGGACAAAUGGAACGUUAUGUUCCAGAAAUACAAAGAUUCUACAUUGGCCCAAGAGAAGGACAAGCUGUUGUAUGGGCUGGCAUCUGUGAAGGAUGUGAAUCUUCUCUACAAGCUGCUAGAGGCCACUAAGGAUGAGAGUGUGAUGAGGAGCCAGGAUCUGUUCACUGUGGUGCGGUAUGUGUCCUUGAAUCCACUGGGCAGCAGCAUGGCCUGGGACUGGGCCACCCUCAACUGGGACUACCUAGUGAACAGAUACACCAUUAACGACAGAAACCUGGGCCGCCUGUUGAGCCGAAUCACGACUACUUACAACACAGAAGUUCAGCUCUGGAAGAUGGAGCACUUUUUCAAACUCAGACCCAAUGCUGGUGCUGGGGAAAUGCCCAGAAAGCAAGCCCUGGAGACGGUCAGGAACAACAUCGAGUGGAUCAGGACAAACAAGGAAGCCAUUCGCUUAUGGUUGGAAACCAAUGUUGCAUAAGAUUUCUGUUGGCCACGUACAUUAUCUCAAUACACAACCAUUCAAUUCCA